GAGUGUCUCCGCAGGCACAGAUCAAAGUGAACAAAGACCAGACUCAAGAACAUGAGUAUCCAGCACAGCCUACUUCUCUUCCUCGCUUUGGUAGCAAAUGCACAUGCAGCCUUGUCAGGAGAUGAAAUCAUCAAUGGGAAGAAAGCCAAAGAUGGUUCCUUGGAAUACAUGGCAUCGGUGCAGAUUGAUGGCACCCAUAGGUGUGGAGGAUUCCUCAUUGACCCCAACUUCGUUCUUACGGCUGCACACUGUGACUUCAGUGGUGAGAUGACUGUUGUCCUUGGCACACAUGGCAUUAAGGGAAAUGUUAAAAAACACAAGGUGGACACCAAGAUUAAGCAUGGAUCAUACAAAAGCUCCUUGACUGGAAACGACAUAAUGCUAUUAAAGUUAGUCAAACAGGUGAAAUUAGGCAAAGGGGUGAAAAUAGUUAAUAUCUCAAGAAACGGCAAACAAGUUAAGCACCCCACAGAGUGCUUAGUUGCUGGUUGGGGUUCCACUGCAAACAGCAACAAGAAGGCAUCAGAGGAUCUGCAGGUUGUAAACGUGACGACCAUUGACACAGAGGAAUGCAAAAACGUGUGGAAGGAAGCAAAGGUGACUCUGCCAGCCAAGGUCAUGUGUGCUGGAGGAUAUAAGACCAAGAAAGGGGCCUGCCAGGGUGAUUCAGGGGGACCACUGGUGUGUGACAAUGUGGCAGUUGGCAUUGUUUCAUUCAACCUCAGGCAAGACUGUAACUAUCCUAAUGUUCCCAAUGUCUACACACAGAUCUCAAAAUUCUUGCCCUGGAUUAAUGAAACCAUCAAAGUCCAUUCUCUAGUUUUCUCAAGUGCUCAGGGUGGGUAUGUGGGCAUUGUGAAUGGCAAAGUAGCAAAAAACCACUCCAGACCCUACAUGGUCUCUGUGCAGAAAAAUAAGGGACAUUUCUGUGGUGGCUUUCUGGUGUCUGAGUCAUUUGUCAUGACUGCAGCUCAUUGUAUCACUUGGGGAGUGGAUUUGACUGUUGUGGUAGGGGGACACGACAUUACAAACCAGAAAAGUGGAACAAGGAUACAGGUGAAAUACUACCAUGUCAACCCCGGAUACAUUCCUGAGACACUUCAGAAUGACAUUGCAAUUCUACAGCUGACAGAAGGAGUAAAACAGUCCAACUCUGUAAAAUGGAUCUCUAUUCCUGAGAAAGACAAAGACAUUAAAGGGGCAACGAAUUGUAGUGUGGCCGGAUGGGGGGCAACAAAAACCAAUGGGCCUGCAAACAAUCUCCUUCUCGAGGCAAAUGUGCUCAUCAUGAAAAGACAAGAGUGCAAGAAAUUAUGGAAAACAUACUUAAGUGAAAAAAUGCUUUGUGCAAGUGGUAGAGCAGGCUUUUGCCAGGGUGACUCAGGAGGCCCUCUGGUCUGCAAGAACAAAGCUGUGGGAGUAGUGUCGUUCACGGAUAAAAACUGUAACAACCUAAAAAAGCCAAAUGUCUACACAAGAAUAUCAGCAUAUCUGCCCUGGAUAAAGAGUAUUUUAAAAAGUGUGUAACACUGACAAAAUGAAAUAAAUGCUUAUAUACCUUC